UGCUACGGCGGCCGCGACCUUGGCUGGCCACUGGCGAGGGACAAGCCCGUGGUUAAGCUCGACCGCCUGCACUACCUCUUCAAGCUGCCGGACAAGGACGACGUGCUCCUCAACAACGGCGUGACGACCCUGGUGCGCGUCGGCCACGACCUCGGCUGGCCGCUGGCGAGGAACGAGACCAUGAUCAAGCUCGACCACCUGCACUACCUCAUCAAGCUGCCAGACAAGGACGACAUGGGACUCAAGGCCGCCCCCAUCAGGCAUCAGCGUCGGCAUCACGGGUACUGGAAUGACUUGUGGCCGAGGGUGGAGAGCUACAACGGCAUGCUCGCCAAGGCCAUCGGCGCGGGUACCAACCACCUCAUCAAAGGCAUCUUCAUGUGCAGCAAGGCCUACGCCAGCCCGGUACGUACUGGUCCAGCCUGAUCUAUCCCUUGUGUUUUUUUAUGACAAGGCAAUUGCUCUAAAUCCACAGUCGUGCAGGUUCAAAAGGUAGUGAACGCUUCGGCAGCACCGAUGGAGUUGACGGGAACAGCUGUUGGCUUUUGAUCGUUGCUAGAUCAAAUCACCCGAAGCUGUAUACACACGUACAAGCUAGCAAGCACACAGGCUCACUGCUUGAUUGAUAAACAGUGCCUAUGCACUGUCCUGCUUUAUGUGUGUACGUGAAUCACUAGAAAGCUAGCUAGACUUGCUUCGAGCAAUCAACUUUUUUGGCGCCGUCAUCGGAACACAGCGACUUGUAAACUUCGACGAACAAAACGUGAAGACACCGAAUCGAUAUGAUGGCCAAAGGUUCGUAUCGAGUCUUGCUUUUCUUUGUAUUGA